GAGCUUCUUAGCUUUUGAGCAUUCUUGUUUGUUACAAGAGAAGAAAAAAAUAGUAAUGGCAUCCGAACAAUGUUCUUCUCUUGUAACAUGCGCCCUUCUUCAUCUUGUCAUCCUUCUUUUUCUCCCUCUUCUCAUUCAUUCUCAUUCCACUCACCAAUAUCAAAACCAAAACCAACAACCCUUUAAGUCUCUAGAAGGUUGCCACAAGGGCCAGACCAUCAAAGGCCUCCAUGCAAUCAAGCAAUAUCUUGAGAUGUUUGGUUACCUCCCUCACCGUCACAACAACAAUACCAGCGGCAGCGAUGACGACACGUUUGAUGAUUCCCUGGAGUCGGCCGUCAAGACUUACCAGCUCAACUACCAUCUCAGUGUCACUGGAACACUUGAUGCGAAUACGCUUCAAGACAUGGCGUUGCCACGGUGUGGUGUCCCAGACAUUAUAGAUGGACGAACUUCAAUGCGUUCCGGGAAGAAGCGUCAUCUUGGGUCCACCACACAGCACACGGUGGCCCAUUUCACCUUCUUUGACGGCAACCCCAGGUGGCCUUCUUCCAAGAAACACCUCACCUAUGGUUUCCUCCCUGGAAUCCAAGUCAUUGGGACACAGGACCUGAGGUCUGCCUGCUCAAACGCUUUCAAUAGGUGGGCGAGCGUGAGCAAUUUCACGUUUGAGGAAACACAAGAUUAUAACUCUGCUGAUCUUAAGAUCGGAUUUUUUAGGGGAGAUCAUGGUGAUGGGGCCCCAUUCAAUGGGCCUGGCAAUGUAAUUGCACAUGCAUUUGCACCGACCAGGGGGUGGUUCCAUUUCGAUGCAGAUGAGAAGUGGUCCACUAAGCUAGCUAGUGAUGCCUUCGACGUGGAAUCCGUUGCGGUGCAUGAGAUCGGGCAUUUACUUGGACUUGGGCACUCAUCGGUGGGGAAUGCUAUAAUGUUCCCCUCUAUUUCCAUUGGUGUGAAGAAAGUGGAACUGCAUGGGGAUGAUGUACAGGGAAUUCAAACCCUGUAUAAUCUAAACCAAUGACAACAUCCCAUGGUACGUCGCCACGCCAUCGUAAAUAAAGGUGUUUGCCUCCUGGAGACUCGUUAUUUCUCCUCUAUUUCGGGAUUUAUAUACAUAAAUAUUUGAGUUAGAUUUUUCAUGUUUGAUUAAUAAAGAAUAAUGAGGAUGUAAGUUGUUUCCUAUUGGAGUUGGGUUUAUCAUUUAAAAGGAUUAUUAUUUU